AUGGGAGAAGCCAAAACACGCGGCUUCGGGGAAACAUUUGAACCAGAAAACGUCAUGGAGGACUACGAUUGCCUUCAAAUCGACCUGCUCACCUCGCCCCGUCUGCUUCGCACCGCCACAUCUCCAUCGACCCCCGAGAGCUUUCAGAACAGCUCACCAUCCACAGGCAGCUCUACUCACCAGGAACCUCUAGAGGCUUUUGAGGAUGCUGUCCGAAUUGCAACGCUACUAUGUCUCCGUGCUGCGACGCUGCAAACCCAUCCUAUGGCCAAGCAGAGUUACUCGAUGCUUCUGGACCGCUUAAUUGAUCGUCUUAGGAUUAUUCUUGAGUGGAUAUACCCAGACACAUAUGACUCUGCAUAUGUCAAUCCAAUGCUCCUCCACGAGCAGCAUGGCCAGGGAGCAAUACUAUCUAUGAGUAGUGCAAGGCCAUUCCUGAUCUGGAUGUCCAUGAUUGGCUACCAGCUCUCCGUUUACUAUGGCCUCUACCACCAAGGUUGGAGUUACCAUCACUCAGAGGGCUGUAUCUAUCUCAAAGUUCUGGUCGCCAUGGGCAUAUGCGACGCUGCCGAUGUUGACCACUGCACCAAGGAUGAUGUGGUGAUAUUCGACAUGUUGAAUCUAAAUUGGGCCACGGACUAUAAACGAAAAUCUUUCGAAAUGCUCCGAUGGAUCGUCAAUUGA